AAAGGGGCAGGCCCUGUUCCUAUUGGUCCCCAGUGAGAGCCUGUCCUUCUCUCCUCAGAUUUAAGCCAGGUUCUUCCUAUGCUCAACUGCUGCCAGGAGGACUCAACAUGUUGGGAACCCUGGUUGGCUCUGCCAUAGGAGGAGUUGUGGCUGUGGCAGCUACACCUGUCAUCCUGGGUGCCGUGGGCUUCACUGGGUCAGGAAUUGCAGCUGCAUCCAUAGCAGCCAAGAUGAUGUCUGCUGCAGCAAUUGCCAAUGGAGGAGGAGUUGCAGCAGGAAGCCUGGUAGCCACACUCCAGUCAGUGGGGGCCGUUGGACUCUCCACAUCAACCAACCUCAUCCUGGGGGCUCUUGGGGCAGCUGCAGGAGCUGGAGCUGCAGGAGCCAUAGGAGACUCUGAAGAGGAGGAAGAGCUACAGGAACCUCCAGAGAAUGGGAGCCUCAUAGUUGCAAGAGGCAAUAUUUAAAUUUAGGAGAUGACAUCUCUACCAGUUUAUCCCAAAGCCUAUAGGAAUUACCCAGGAGAAGAAGGAAGAAGAUGCACCUUCAAAACCCUCACUGAAUGAUGAAAAAUAAAGGUGGCUUGUUGCUGUG